AUGCCGCCACCACUCACUUCACCUCCGCCUAUUGACAAAAAGAAAUCCCCGCCACCCCAAGCCCCAGCCCCCAAACGUCCGCCUCUCCUCCCGUAUCCAGACAACACCAUCCUCGGCUUCCCCAAACGUAGAUCCCAAUUCGAGUCCAGCUACGAAACCCUCCUCGAUUUUAUCAAACCCUCCCAAAGGGGGCUCGACCACAAGAAACUCCUCCUCCGUCUCGCCGAGCAAGUCAGUCGUGUUGGGGGUCGGAAGUAUGUGGGGGGACAGAUGGGGUUUGGGGUUGUCGAAUACUUGGCGGAGAAGUAUGCGAUGCUCGCUCGUCGGUUGUGCAAAGCCAUGCGACAUACGAUCGGUCCUGGCGGUCAACCUUCCGCCUCUCAAAUCCGGCUCCUCUACCAAACCGUCGACGAAGGAGAGCUCAUAGUGCGCCAUUUCUCCCGUCUCCGGAUUGCACGACUCCACCCAUGGCAAGCCAACAUCAAAUGGAAAGCGGAUGAAGUCGGCGAGGGGUUGGAGUAUCUGAUGUGGCGGUUGGUCAAGCUGGUGGAUGAGUGGGAUGUGAGUGAAUGCUUGCGAUUUCUUCCCCAGUCAGAACAUGCUCUGUACAUGAGCCGACUCUAUCUGCAAACAGCUGCCCACGGACGAUUGGCCUGUCAAGCUGUGGUCUAG